AUGGUGGAGGGACAGAGCCCUUCCCUUCAGGGGCUGAAACCCUUCGGUCCCGCCGUGUCCCCGCCAGGCUGCGAGCACGGCCGGCUGCGGGCAGGGCCGAGCCCAGCCCGGGCUGUGCCCCCGCUGCCCUCAGAGCCCCCGGCCCGGUCCGACCCAGGCCGGGCUGUGCCCCCGCUGCCCUCAGAGCCCCCGGCCCGGUCCGACCCAGCCCAGGCUGUGCCCCCGCUGCCCUCAGAGCCCCCGGCCCGGUCCGACCCAGGCCGGGCUGUGCUCCCGCUGCUCUCAGAGCCCCCGGCCCGGCCACCUCCCCGCUCCCCCAGCGAGCGCGGCGCGGCCAGCCAGGCGCUGUGGGCGCUGCGGUGGUGCCGGCCCUGCCGAGCAGCUGCAUUUCUAACAGGGCCCUUGCACUGGCAGUGA